CCCAAUCCAUAUCCACAUCGACCCAUCAGAAAAAUGGGAAUGAAAAAGAAAAGGAAAAGCUUCCAUUAUUAACUAAUCUCUCCUUCUAAAUCCCACCUUAAUUCUUCCUUCUCCCUGUUUCUGUAAUCUCAGCCACCCAAUUCAUCUCUCUGUUCAACCAUUUUCAAUCCUCUCUUCUUCCUUCACUCUUCCCAUUCUCCCAUUUUCCCAAUUCCCUUCUAAAAUUUUCCCCCAAUUCGGCCAUAUUAAUGGCGGAAACCUCUUCCCCAUCAAAACCCAUCAACCCAUUUUGAUUCUCCUUCGGUUCUUGUUCCGGAUUUCAUUGUUUUUCUUUGUUGUUGUGCCAAAAUGGAGCUGGAUGGCAUCGAGGGCGUGCCAUCCAUGGAUGUGAUGGACGAGGAGGAUAAGACCCUUCAACGUCACUGUCAGUUUCCUUCCAUUUCCAAGCCUCGGAUCAACAAUAACGACAAUCCCACCACCACAAGUGUUCACGAGCUUCUCGAAUGUCCCGUUUGCACCAAUUCUAUGUAUCCCCCAAUUCAUCAGUGCCCCAAUGGUCAUACCCUCUGUUCUUCAUGUAAAACAAGGGUAGACAACCGUUGUCCGACGUGCAGACAAGAGCUCGGCGAUAUCAGGUGUCUAGCGUUAGAGAAAAUAGCCGAAUCGCUUAAACUGGCUUGUAAAUUCUGCACGUUCGGGUGCCCGGAGAUAUUGCCUUACUACAGCAAACUCAAACAUGAGUCUGCCUGUUACUUUAGACCAUAUACCUGUCCUUAUGCUGGAUCAGACUGUCCAGUUGAUGGGGAUAUUCCUUUCCUUGUUUCUCAUCUUCGUGACGAUCACAAAGUCGACAUGCAUUCUGGAUGCACGUUUAAUCAUCGUUAUGUAAAGGCUAAUCCAUGCGAAGUCGAAAAUGCUACAUGGAUGCUAACUGUGUUUCACUGUUUUGGGCAGUAUUUCUGUCUUCAUUUUGAAGCCUUUCAGCUGGGUAUGGCACCGGUUUACAUGGCGUUUCUCCGAUUCAUGGGGGACGAAACGGAUGCUCGAAACUACAGUUACAGCCUUGAGGUGGGUGGAAAUGGGAGGAAGCUGAUAUGGGAGGGCAACCCUCGAAGCAUUCGGGACAACCACAAGAAAGUUCGAGACAGCCACGAUGGCCUCAUUAUACAACGAAACAUGGCGCUCUUCUUUUCGGGCGGAGAAAGGAAAGAGCUGAAGCUUCGGAUCACAGGACGGAUUUGGAAAGAACAAAAUAAACAGUAACAUUGUUAGAGGUUCAACUCUAUGAUGUAUGUGACUGUUAUGCAUAACAUUUUCUCUUCAACUUUAUCCAAUCUUGAAUCAUCAGCUCCUCAGCAGCUCAUAAUCACUUUUCAAACCAAUCUCCAAUUCCAACUUCUUUGUAAUUCAGAUUAGCUUUUACAAUGUCAAACUUUGAGGCUUGUUUUGGAAACCCUUUUCACCACAAUUUAGUUGCUUAUAUCA